GGAACUCCUGUAACCAAGAACUGCAAAUUCUGUGUGCUGUAAAAGUGUCCUGUAAAAAUAAAGGUGUGAGGUCUUAACCGAGGCGUCCUGUGAGAGUGGACCUUACACCUUUACUGAAAAGGAUCGACAACUCAACUUGAUCAUUUGUGCCACUAUAUCAGUCUGGUGUGGGAUCUUAGCUAUUUUCACUGGUUGAAUUGGUGUGCUGUAUCUGUUGUUGUUGUAAAGUCUUGUACUGGAAAAUAUAAAGUAUAAAUGUGUCAGAUUUUGUCUCCCUCUAAAGUUUAUUUGUAUCUUUUAUGGUUAAAUGUUCUAUGUUAAAUCUGUGGACAUGGACAGUUUAUUAGUUAGCACAUGUUAGUGAAUGUGUUACGGGACUCAAUUUGAAAGGGACUUGGUUUUAACAACAGCAGUGGAGUUCUGCAACAAAUCAUUGAUUUUCCCUGGCAAACAUCUGCUGGAGUGCAGACUUUAAGAAGUGGACAGAAGACACCUCUUAUUUGCCUUCUCUGGGAACUAUGUUCAGAAGAUGUUUUUUCUACCCUGUGGCAAAACUUGAAUGUGAAUAUUUUGAAUUCUUGUUACUAACAACAUGGUGUUCCUUAAUAAUAACUUCAAUAUAGGAGGUCCUUCAACACCUUGUGAGAAAGAGGACUGAUGUAGUUCAAGAUGGGAAGAACACUGUGAGCUGGCAACAGCACCUUUGUUGUCUUACUGACCAUUUUAAGCACUUUGGAGUGAUCUUCAGUUUAGUCAAUAGCAAGAAGUAACUUAGUGUUUUAAUAGUCCCUGAUACUACGUGCUUCCUGAUUCGGGGUAAUUAUACAGCUAGAGGGACAUUUAAAGAGAUACAGAAGGUACAGCGACCUCAGGCUGUAGACUCCAGUCCUGUUGUUGUGUUCUGUUGUUGACAUAUUGUGCCUAUGUCACUUUUUAUCUCAGAAGUCGAAAUGGACUUUGUUGUCCCGCUGAAGGAUGUUUCUGUGCCAGAAAAGAAACAAGCUAAGUUUGAAUGCACCAUCACAAAAGAUGUUUUUAAAGUCAUGUGGUAUAAAGGGGCUGACAUCAUCACCCAAGACCAAAAAUAUGACAUCAUCGACGACGGAAAGAAGCACAUGCUGAUUAUAAACUGCUGUGAGUUUGAUGACGAGGACGAAUACAUGAUUGAAGUUUUAGGCAAAACCUCAAAAGCUAGACUCACAGUGGAGGGUAUCAGGCUGAAAUUUAUCUCACCAAUAAAGGAUCAAACUGUAAAGGAAGGCAAAACAGCUCGCUUUGAGCUGGAGCUUUCUCACGAGAACAUCCCCAUCACCUGGUACAAGAACGACAACAAAAUUCAUCCGAGCAGAACUGUUGUCAUUCACGUGGAUGGAAAGAAGCAUGCACUAGAAAUGAGAGAAGUGACUCUAGAUGAUAUCUGCCAAAUUAAGGCUGAGGCCAAAGGAAUUCUUUCCAUGGCCAACCUGACAGUUAUAGAGGGAGAUCCGUACUUCACAGUUAAGCUGCAGGACUAUACUGCAGUGGAGAAAGAUGAGGUGGUUCUAGAUUGCGAGCUCAGCAAAGAUGUCGAUGUCAUGUGGUACCACAAUGAGGCCGAGAUCAAAGCUUCUAAGACGGUGAACAUUAAAGCUGAAGGCAAACGCAGAGUCCUCAUAAUCAAGAGAGUUGGGGACAAAGACAAAGGACAGUACCUAUGUGACUGUGGAACAGACAAGACGACAGCGACUCUUCACAUUGAAGCUCGUCAUAUAAAGGUGGUUCGGCCGAUGUAUGGCGCUGAGGUGUUUGACGGAGAGACAGCUCGAUUUGAGGUUGAGCUCAGUGAAGACGAUGUCCAUGGCCAGUGGAAACUGAAUGGGGAACUCCUCAGUCCAUCCACUGAUGUUGAAAUCGUGGAGGACGGUGCCAAACAUACUCUGGUCUUGUACAACUGCAGAGUACCUCAGACCGGCGAGGUCAUGUUCACUGCUGCUAAUGCCAAAUGUUCUGCUAACCUGAAAGUGAAGGAGGUCCCAGUGUCAUUCAUUACACCUCUGGCUGAUGUACAUGUGUAUGAAAAGGAUGAAGCGAAAUUUGAACUAGAAAUUUCCCGGGAGCCCAAAAGCUUCCGUUGGCUGAAGGGAUCUCAAGAGUUGUCAACAGAUGACAAGUUUGAACUCCACGUGGAAGGAAAGAGACACAGUCUUUUUGUAAAAUCUGCCAGAUAUGAAGAUGAAGGUAAAUACAUGUUCGAGGCUGAAGAUAAGAGGACAUCCGGAAAGUUGAUUAUCAAAGGUAAACAAAGUUGGAUCUCUUUAGUGUUUUUAGGAGAAGAUUUGUUUGGGUACGUGGCUGAAUUCUUCUUUUGCGUGCUCGCUAAACUUUGUAUGCCAAAAGCUUUUUAACGACAAACGCCACAUUUCUUGUCAGGUAUUCGCCUUGCAUUUAUCAAGCCAAUAAGAGAUGUGACCGUAAAGGAACGUGAAACUGCAGAGU